AUGUCAAGAGCCCAAAGGAGGACAUCAUCAAAAUCAGGAUCCUUCUACGAGAAGGACGAAAAGACUCAAAGGGAAGCUUCCUUGGACAAUGAACAUGACCUCGAGAUGCUCAUGGACCGUCCAAAAAGUAACAAGAAGAACAAGCUUAUUUAUACACUUUUACUAAUUGCAUUUUCCUUUGUCAUUGGUGGUUCUAUAGUGAGAGCCCUUUAUUUUUCGACAUCACCUUCAUCAUCCACCUCAACAAAGACUGGAUCCUUUCUAUCAUCUACGUCUAAGUUUUCGAAUAUCGAAAAAUUUCAAAAGGACCAAGAGGAUUUAUUAAAUAAGGUGUUAGAAGGAAGUGGUGAAGCAAACCACAUUUCAUCGCCUUCUUCGCAAAAGGUCAAUGUGUACCAGGGACCAGAUGUUGAAGGUGAAAAUGCCAAAUGGUUUUUCCAAAAAAUCUUCGAAUAUUUGACCAAUUCAAAUGAUGAUAGGCCGCUGAAUAAAUAUAUAAACAAAGACACUCCAAUUAUCGACACCCUGAGUUUGCUCGAAGACGAAAUCAGUAGAAUGAAACAGGUCGGAGUAGCGGUUAAGGAAAACGUAGCAGAAAAGGAGGGAGACAAGGCUGACUCUGUCAAUGCAGGCGCCGCUAUUGUUAAUGCUGCACAAAAAAUCGAAAGUGUACCUAGCCCCAAAGUGAAAUCUUCACCAAUAUCCUCUGUUUCUUCAGGUUCACUGCACGAUUCCAGUAGCUUGGUAAACGCCCAAUCAGACCUUAAGGAAAUUCUUUCUGUAUCUCCGUUGACAAUUAUUUUGAACGAUGACCCACAAGUUUCAUCGAAAGCAGCUAAGGCGAUGGAAAAGCAAAUCCAAACCAUCAUAUCUGGUAUAAGAAUCACCCCUCAACCUACAAUGGUCAACUUGAUCAGACAUCCUCAUUACAAGCAAAUUAUAGAGUAUUUAAAGACUUACCAAACUCAUGUUAAGGAUUCUACUAGUUCCGAAUCCGAUGAGAUGAAGACUGAUGAAGUCAUUGAGGUUGCAAUAGACGAGGUACCUGCUUUGUUUAUAGGCGGAGAGCCAGUUGCAAAUUAUGGCGAAAUCAUUGAUAUGUAUAAUAAGAAGGAAUUGACUUCAUUUUUAAGGAAAACAGGUAAAGGCUUAAUAUCUGUUGAAUAA